UCUCGGCAACCCACAUCAAUUUCUGCCCAUUGGGUUGCCAUAUUAAUGGCGGUUAGGCUCACCCCCAAUAAUUGCAGAACAAUAUUCAUUCAGUUUUCCUUCAAUUCUGGUUUAGAUUCAACAAUGGGAGGAACCUCGGAAGAGAAGCACGAGGGUAAGGUUGAGAAGAAGGAGAAGAAGAAAGAUAAGGAGAAACAUGAAGAAGAAGAAGAUGAUCAUGGCAAAAAGAAGGGAAAGGAUAAGGAUAAGGAUAAGGAAGGAGGUGAAAAGAAAGAGAAGAAGAAAAAGGACCCUGCGGAUAUGAAGGAUCCAUUAAAGCUCAGACAGAAGCUUGAGAAGCUUGAAGACAAGAUGCAGGCUCUGGCGGUUAAGAAGGAAGAGAUAUUGAAACUGAUCCAUGAAGCUGAACAGAAUGCUGCUCCAUGAAAUCUGGAAUGAGUAGGAUUCUACUACUAUCUCUUGAUGAUGCAGCUAACAGGAUCAAAAGAUUAGAAGGCUCAAGUUUUGAAAAUUUUAUGUCUCUUACUGUAAUACUUCUUGAAGAAAUAAAAUCAUGAUACCAAAAUCACCUAAUUCUAA